AUGGAACAAGUCAUGCUGACUGCGGGGUCAGCGGCUUUACCAGAAGGGUCCCCGGGGGAUGGGCAGGACACCGCCUCAAAGGCUAGAGCGGACCGGGGGAUGGCACAGGACCAGCGUGGGAACACCACCCUCCUUACAUCGCAGAGGACGCGGGAGCUUCCCUUCCCACUGGGGGAAACAGAGCAAGACGCUGUGGUCCAGUCCAUCCCCGCCACCACCUCCCCCACUUCCUCCGCCCGCCUCCUGCCCCUGGAGAAGUUUAGUCAAAGUGUCGGUUUAAUCAGAUAA